AUUAAUCAAUUGAUUUUUGUUAUCGAUGUUAAGAAAUUUCUACAUUUUUUAUCCUACAGUUUUAGACGGUUCUGACGUCUUAGAUGAGCAUUGUACCAUCGUAAAUAACGACGGUGUUGUUGCGCUUCAUCCAAUUGGUGAAGCUUCAAUUUUUGUUAACGGGCGACAGUGUAAUGAUAGAGUUUCACUGACGCAAGGAGAUCAUAUAUUCUUGGGAAGUGAAAAUCUGUUUAGAUUUAAUCAUCCGCAAGAAGCAGCCAGGUUAAGAGAAGCUAGAAGGAGCGUCUACGGUAAAGAUACGCAAGCUGGUGCUCUGUCCAGGUGUUCUAGUACUGGCUCCAUUCCAACGGUGAAUAGUAGUGGCAUUGACGUCCAUUCUCCAGUUUCAUCAAGUCCUAUGUCGAGAGGGUAA